UUGGCGGGCGGUUGCUUUGCCGCACAUUUUGCACACGUUUCGCAUAGGUGUGCUAUAACCAACUUUUUGACCAGCGGAAAUUGUAUAAUAAUUACGACAACAAAAAACUGACCUGGACUCAAUUUGAAUUUGUGUCAGUGCUAGAAAGAAAAUGCUGCAGCGGCAGAAACCAACUUCUAGCAAACGAUUUGGCAGCAGCCCACCAACACGAACCAUUCCUCAUCGCUCAGUCAAGUGAAGUGGAUAGAAUGGCUUUGGCAGCGGCCCCAACAGCAGGUCCUUCGCAUGGCGGCUUGGCAUUGACCGUGAAUUCGUCCGGUGGCUAUGAUGGCACCAAUCAAUACGAGGAGAACGCGGAGCACCUGCGCCAACUGUUCAGCCGGAGCAAACUGGUGUCCUUUAGCAUUGCCCACAUCGCGUGCUCCGCGGGCAGUAGCAGUGGCGACAACUACAUGUCCGUGGUGAAGCGUGUUACCAUCACGCAGGCUCCAGCGGCAGGAAAGGAGCAGGAUCAGGAUCCGGAGCAGGCUGGCAGUGAUAUCGUCACGGUCAUUGUCAAGCGGCAGAUUGCGAGCCUUUCACGCCGUCAGCUCUACCGGUGCGAGGAGGCCUUCAGCAACGAGAUCAACGCUUACCGGCAUUUGGCGCCCCUAUUAGCAGCCCACAGUCGCCACCAGCUGUUUCCGGUGUGCCACAUUGCGGAGAGUCAGGAUCGAAGGGAUUCGGACGGCGGAGAGCCCAUCAUUGUGCUUCAGGACCUCAAGGCGUUGGGUUUUCGCAUGAAGGAUCGGCUGGCGGGCUUGGAAUUGAGCGACUGCCUUCUAGUGAUGAAGAAACUUGCACAACUCCAUGCUGCCUCGCUAGCCGCCCAAGAACUGGAGUCCUCUUCCUUCACCCAUCAUGCUGAUCAUCUGCAAGAGAUUGUCUACUGCGAUGAGGCGACGGACUUUUACGCCACCAUUCUGGACACCUCCGUGCAGCAGGCCCUGGAAAGUCUAGGCGGCGCCAAUGCAGACGACUGCUUGACCACACCUAUUCGUUUGCUCAAGGAACUACGUUCCAAUCUGUUUCAGAAACUAAAGCACGAGAUUAAUGCCACUGCAGCGGCUCCAAACAGUGUGAUCUGCCAUGGUGAUCUUUGGGUAAACAACAUUAUGUUCCGUUCUGAGCCGGAGGAGGUGAUCUUCUUCGACCUGCAGGCCAUGCGCAAGUCGUCGCCUGUAUUUGACAUUCUCCACUUCAUUUACACCAGCACGAGAAGGCCACUGAGGGAUGUGCACACGGACACCCUGCUGGCCGCCUACUCGGAGGCACUGAGUGAGGAACUACGGCAUCAGCUGGAGGAUACAGCCGCUGCGGAAAGGCUAGAAGAGCUAUGUGAGGCAUUCUCAUUGCAGCGUCUCAGUUCGGAUUAUGUACGUCAGGUGCAUUAUGGACUGGCCAUCGGCAUGUGGAUCCUGCCAGCUGUAACCUUCGAUCCGAAUAACCUGCCCAAUCUGGACGUGAUGAGUGAGCAGAAUCUUACGGGUAAGGAGAUCAAGUGCACCCAGACGCUCACUACCGAGUACCAUUUGCGCAUCCGGGAGUUGGUGAUGGAAUUCUACGAACUGGGCUAUCUCAACAUGUAAAAAGAAGCAAUGGAAAAGUAUUCAUAGUAAUGUAAUAG